UAUCUCUCUAGGGAUGGUCAAGAACCAUUCAUUUAAAUAAAUAGAAAUAUAAUAUUUAUAUAUGCCGAUUGAAUAAGAAAAAGACUUAACUGACAUCGCACAAGGUGGAGCUUUUUAAAAUAAUUUCAGACUUGUGUGUUAGUAGUGCGUGUUAAUAAUUUUUAUGUUCGUGACGAGUUAUGUGUCGUGCGGAAAAAAAAUCCAUCACUAGUACGCACUGUAUUUUCUUUUUACGCUUGUUUUCAGUGGAAAUUGUCCGUUUUGUUUUUCGCACAGCACACAAAUGUACAAACAAUCCGCCGGUCACUCGGAAGUAACGGAAAUCAAGAGCUUUUUGUCAACAGCCGGUAACCACUGCGAUACGGAAUCCACAUCGUUCUCCUUCUAUCUCAUCUCCGCCUUCUACCCCCGAUUCGGUUACGGAACCAAUAAUAUUUCCGUUAAUUAUAGCCCACAGCGGGGCGAGAAUAUAUAGAAAUCGGCCAUAUAGAUGUUCAAGUUCAUACUGAACGACGCCGCCAACUACGUGCGUUCGAAUGUGCGGGAGUUCAGCCUGAAUGCAGUGCGCUGGUUGCCGCAAUUGCCACAAUUGAGUCCAUACGAUAUUAACAUAGUUCUAAGGGAGAACGAGUUCGUUUACAACUUUCCCGUGGACGGAGUCAUCCGUAGCUAUGAAACGAAUCAGCUGGGAUCCAAUUCGCCCUGCGAGGAUUCCCGCACCGAGGCGAGUUUGCUACACCGCAACGGCUUCAUCUGCGGUAUUUUCGACGGCCAUGCUGGAGCAGCCUGUGGCCAAGUGGUGUCCAAGAGACUGCUACGCUAUGUUUCAGCAGCCACCUUGCCGCGUCAGGUGCUCCGGGAACAAAUGAAGCAGGGUGCAGGCAGCCAAUCGUUCCUCAAAUGUCACAAUGACAACGUGGACUUUGUCAGCGAGAUCAAGCCCAUCUACGAGGCCAGUUUCCUCAAGUACAUUAAAAAAUUAACGGAGACACCGCAGCGAGAUGUAUCCAGUGAACUGGUGGAGGCCUUUCUUGAACUAGACCAGGGUCUAUCCGAGGAGGCUCUAGACAGCAACGAUAUGCGAACCAUGAGCGUGGCACUCUCCGGAGCCGUUGCCUGUUUGGUGCACAUAGAAGGCUUGCAGCUGCAUGUGGCCAGCACAGGUGAUUGCGGUGCAGUAUUGGGCGUCCUCGAUCCAAAAACCCAGCAGUGGCAACCAAAGAAGCUCAAUAUCGAGCACAAUGCGGACAAUAUGUCAGAAGUGCGACGUAUCCUGUCCGAGCAUCCAAAAGAAGAACAUGAGACGGUGAUCAGAAAUGGCAGGUUGCUCAGCCAGCUGGCACCGUUACGUGCCUUCGGGGACUUCCGAUACAAGUGGUCCCUAGAGAUAAUGCAGCAAAAGGUGCUGCCGUUGUUCGGCAAGCAUGCCAUGUCGCCGAAUUACUAUACGCCACCGUACCUAACCGCCCGUCCCGAUGUCCAGCAGCAUGAAUUGGGGCCCAACGACAAGUUUCUAGUCAUAGCCAGCGACGGCCUGUGGGAUUUCCUUUCGCCCAGCGAGGUAGUUAGCUUGGUGGGAGAACACAUCAACUCAAAAAAGAUCCUCGAACCAAUGCGCCUGCCGGAAGGCGAUAUAACGCUGCAGCAAAUCUCCAAUCAGCUAGCCGAACGGAAAGCUGGUCUCACCCGUAAGCCGGUGGAUCAAAAUGCGGCCACACAUCUCAUCCGGCAUGCUUUGGGAGCCACAGAUUAUGGGAUUGAGCACUCCAAGAUCUCGUACUAUUUGACGCUGCCCAAGGAUGUUGUGCGUCAGUAUCGGGACGACAUCACCAUCACCGUCAUCUACUUCAACUCUGAGCAUAUUGCCCAGCUGCACAGCGGAGCGGAUCUAUCGGGGAUCACUGCGCCGGUAGCGUGAUCUUCGUGAGAAUGCAUAUGUGUAUAUUUAACUAGCUAACCUUCAGCCUAACUAGCCUAAGUGUUGCGUUUAAGUUUGUUUCAUCCGCCAUCGGACCUCGGACGACUGCCGCGUCAAAUAAAUCCCACGCGGAAAGAGAAUAAUUACAUAA